CUCUCUCUCUCUCUCUCUCUCUCUCUCUCUCUCUCAACAUAGGAUGCUCUUGUAAGAAAGUAAUCCAUCCCCUCUGGGCUCUGCAUGUACGUUCGUCCCACCACUACUGCAAAAUUACCCAGAUGACUGGUAACGAACAGUACUGCUGCUGUGACGACUUACAGAUACCUUUUACGACCAUUCUGAAACGCUACCGUAUGUGCCAUAAUUCUAUUCUUACGUUUCUGACAUACACGCUUGCUGUCACUUGAGUUGCUGGGUCCGCGUACAGGUGGGUUUGGACGGAUGCCAAGUGCCAAUUACUUUACCGGACAUGCAUCUAAUUUACCUAUAAGCGUGUGUUUGGGUUCGCUUCUGUGUUUUACUAAAUUACGUUAAUCUUAGAAAUGGAAUGUGAAUUCGGAAAAGUUCCAAACAAGUUGUCACAGAACCAGGCCUAAGGACAGAGGUCACGGGCGAGGCAAUCUCGAUCAGAAAAGAUUAUAACCUCUAAUGCUGUUUACAGACGAGUAGAUUGUAGAGCCUCGGACAGAAAGGAGCAGUGGCAACGUGGAAUCCAAAUCAUAUCAAUGCUUAAAUUUGUAUGUUUAUUGGUUUUUCUUACAUGAUUUUAUAUAUUGUCUACCAAUCUCUUCUGACUGCGCUGUAUUCACGUGUAUCAAUAAGCUGCUUAUUACAUUCGCAGAUGCAGAGGCCAUACUACUAGAAACUGCUCGGCUGUAUAUGAAGAACAAACAAAUUAAUAGUAAGAAUAGUAAUGGUGAUAUCUCAAAAACCGCGUUUUCCUCCAGCCAGGAAUCUGAAGGUCAGGCAGGUUGUAACUCCACCAAUCACAGCACAGGAAUAGCGACAAGUCACCUGAAUACACCAAUCAGAGAAUGGGGCGUCGCGACACACCCCCGAGAGAAAUGGGUCUGUAUUCGUGUAUGAAAUGUAUAAAAGGGCGACCUCUGACAACAAGUAAAUGCUACACGUGACCACCACGCUGCUGUUGGUACUGCAAGCUGCUGAGAGUCAGUGGUGGUCCAGCAAGCAAGGAAAGGUAUACGUCAGUCGUUGAGCUGCCCUUGUGUUCUAAAAUGAAGUCUUUUGUGGAAGUCAGUCCUGACAGUCACUUUCCCAUUCAGAAUCUUCCUUACGGAGUGUUCUCCACAACUGAUAAUGCAACUCAUCGUCUUGGUGUGGCUAUUGGCGACCUGAUCCUGGACCUGUCCGUCAUCGCUCAUCUCUUCACUGGGCCGCUACUCAAGAACCAGCAGCAGGUGUUCAAGGAGUCCACCUUGAACAGCUUCAUGGGCCUGAGUCCCGCUGCCUGGAGUGAGGCUCGCACCACCAUCCAGACACUGCUGGCCCAUGACCAGCCUACGUUGAGGGAUGACUGUCAGCUGAGAGCUAAGGCAUUGGUGCCUCAGGCUGGAGCAAUGAUGUAUCUCCCAGCUCACAUUGGUGACUACACAGACUUUUACUCCUCGCUGGAUCAUGCCACCAAUGUUGGGACCAUGUUCAGGGGGAAGGAGAAUGCACUCAUGCCAAACUGGAAGUACCUGCCAGUUGGCUACCAUGGGCGAGCCUCCAGCGUGGUUGUGUCUGGCACUCCCAUUCACCGGCCUAAUGGUCAGACAAGACCCAAGGAUGAUGAGCCACCUGUGUUUGGCCCGUGUCGCCUGAUGGACUUUGAGUUGGAGAUGGCAUUCUUUGUAGGGGGUGGCAAUACACUGGGAACGCCCAUCAGUGUGAAAGAAGCCCAUAAUCACAUCUUUGGCAUGGUGGUUAUGAAUGACUGGAGUGCUCGUGACAUCCAGAAGUGGGAGUACGUUCCACUGGGCCCCUUCCUGGCCAAGAACCUUGGCACCACCAUCUCCCCGUGGGUUGUGACCAUGGAUGCACUCAAGCCAUUCCUGGUGGACAACUACACACAGGAUCCCAAGCCAUUCCCCUACCUGGUUCAUGACGAGAAGUACAAUUUCAACAUCAACCUGGAAGUUGGUAUCAAAAGUGCAGGGAGUAAGCAAGCCGGGACAGUGUGUCGCAGCAACUUCCGUUACAUGUACUGGACCAUGAAACAGCAGCUUGCCCAUCAUACUGUCACUGGAUGCAACAUGCGUCCAGGAGACCUUCUGGCGUCAGGCACCAUAUCGGGACCUACUGAAGAUUCCUUUGGCUCAAUGCUGGAGUUGUCUUGGAGAGGCAGCAAGACGGUCGACAUUGGCAAUGGAGAGACACGGAAGUUCCUUCAAGAUGGUGAUGAAGUUGUCAUGACUGGAUACUGCCAGGGAGAGGGAUACAAGGUUGGCUUUGGACCCUGCACUGGGAAGGUUCUCCCUGCUAUCUCCAUUAAUUAAAAAUUCAACUAAGCAUGGGUGGUGAUUUAACUUUGGUCAUGACACUGAUGCAAUAAUAAAGAGGGAGUUGAACAUCAAUUUCAUGUGCUCCUAGGAAUGAGAGAGGAAAAA